AUGGGAGCAGGGCGGAGGGACGGGUGCGCGCUCCGGCUGAUGCUCCCGGUCAAUGCGCGGGGGAAUAGCAGCAGCCAGAUCAAUGGCACCACACCUGGCUCUGUUGGCCAAAGUCUAGGCAAGGGAAGCGAGUCACCGCCCGGACCGAGGGGCCGUGCAAUGCAGGGCGGUGGGCGGGGGAACGCUCGCCUCUCCCUGCACUGGGAGGAGCAGCUGCCGUCGGUCCUCCGCGCCGGUAGGGGCGCUGCUGCCGCUCGGGCGGUCACCACACCGAAGACGGGCGGCGAGAUGGCGGCGGUUCUGAUCGCAGCUCUGUGUCUGGGCGCAGCUGUGGCCAAGCCUUUCUUAGAACAGGAGCGAUGCGUGGAAGGGGCCACCAUUUGGUGUCAGGAUGUGAAGACUGCCUCGGAGUGUGGAGCUGUAAAGCACUGUCAGCAGAAUGUUUGGAGACAACCAACGGUGAAAAGUGCCCCUUGUGAUCUGUGCAAAGACGUUAUGUCUGUGUUGGGAGAUCUUCUGAAGGACAACAGCACCGAGGAGGAAGUGCGAAAUUACCUCGCCAAAGCCUGUGACAUGCUUCCAAAUCCAACCAUGACAGCACACUGCAAUGAAUUAGUGGAUAACUAUUUACCAAUCAUCUUGGAUAUUCUCAAUGAAGAACUGGAAAAUCCUGAAGUCGUGUGCAGUGCUUUGCACUUGUGCCAAUCAUUACAAGCAACACUUAAUGAAAAGGAUAUUAUCUCCAAUGAAAUACCAGAAGUGGACAUGUCCAAAGUAGUCUCUCCUUUCAUUGCAAAUGUUCCUCUUCUUCUUUAUCCACAGCAGACCGUCAAGCCAAAGAGCAAUGAUGUUGCCUGUCUGGACUGUAAUCAGUUCAUCUCAAAUAUUCAGACUGCUAUGAAAGAGAACGUGGCCUUCCAGAAUGAACUCAUUUCUCAGUUAAAGAAACAGUGUAACGUGGGACCUGGUUUAACAGAACUGUGUGAGAAGUACAUCGCCCUGCACGGGCCACAAGUGGCUGAGGUAUUAAUUCAGAGAAGUGCACAAGAGAUUUGUACUGCAUCCGGAUUCUGCCAGAAAGCAGCCACAGUUCCACUGCAACUCCUUCAGGAACCUGAUGUUCACCCUAUGCAGAAGAACAAGGUGUCUGCAACCGGAUCGCAGGGAUGUGCAAUCUGUGAAUUUGCCAUGACUGAGAUCAAGAGACUUCUGCAGGAGAAUACAACUGAGGAGGCGAUCACUAACGCUCUGGUAAAAGUAUGCUCCAUUCUGCCAACCACUGUUAAAAGUGAAUGUGAAGAUUUUAUCAAUCAAUAUGGGAAGGCUGUGGAGGAACUGCUUGCACAGGAAUUGGAUCCUGCUCUCAUAUGCACAGUUAUUGGUCUGUGCAAGCAGGCGGAAGGUGCGGCUCUGGAUGAGCCUCUGAGAAAAACAAACCAAAAACAACUGCAAGCAGGUGCUUUGUGUGAAGUCUGUCAGAUUAUGGUAAAAUAUUUGAUGAUACUGGAGAAGAACAGUACAGAGGAAAUGAUCAAGGCCACCCUGGACAAAGUCUGUUCCUUGCUGCCGGAAUCAAUGCGCAAUGAGUGCGAUGAGCUGGUAGCUCAGUAUGGAACACUUUUACUUCAAAUUCUGUUGCAGAGUCUGGAUCCAGACUUUGUUUGCAAAAAUAUCGGAGUUUGCACAGGAGCCAAAAAACAUCUCUUGGGUGCAGAUAAGUGUGUCUGGGGCCCAUCAUACUGGUGUAAGAAUAUGGAAACUGCAAACCAGUGCAAUGCGGUUGAACAUUGCAAACGCCACAUCUGGAACUGAAAGACACGACAUACAGUGGUGAUUCUAAGCAAAUAUUUUUCAGUUUAGUUUGCAAUAUAUGCUUAAGCAUUAUGUAGAAUUUUGUCUGUUGUAACAAAUUCAAAAGUUUACUAAUCCAUGUUUCUACCUGCCCUGUGGUGAUCGGUUGUAUCGGUGAAGUCUGUCUAACUUUGAACAUUGGCUAUGAUGUAUUGCACUGCAGGAAAUGGAGGAUCAAAGUUAAUUCCUAACAUGGGCUGCGUAUACAGGGGAAGCUGCAGCAAAGGUUAUCGUUCAGGUGUGAGAAUUAAUGUCAUUCAGGUGUGAGAAUUAAUGUAUAAAUCUUUGUUCAAUUCAAGUAAUGCUACUAAUGGCAUAAUAGCUGGGUUCCGCUACCCUUAGUAUGCGGGUAUUAUCAAAAGGACCUGAUCUGUUUGCCAAUCAUUAGUUUGUUGUAAAUUAUUCAAUAAAUAUGUACAAAUUGGUUUGUCAAUAAAACCUGUUUUAAGUCUCA